AACACUGCUUUUGUUCUUCAAAAUUAACACCGAGGACCGUACCGUAGUGAUUAAAGUCGCAUUAUUUCAUUAAUUUUCGUUUAAAAAUUGUCAAAAUGUCGCUAUAAUUGUGAUUAAAUCGUUCUUCGCUCGUCAACGCACCGGUAUCAAAAUGUCUUUAAUCUUAAAACGCGCGUUACCUAUUCGAAACACUAUCGUUCAGAUCAACAAAAGAUCGCCUUCUGCGGUACUCUAUAAAUAUAAGUCUACCUUAGCCGAUAUAAAUAAUAAUUGCCGAUUACGCAGUCAAAUACUUCCAACACAGUGGUCCUGUUUGUAUGAACAGCUUAGAUGGAUCAGCAAUCGUGAUAAACCGCCAUGGGAUAGACUGACAGUAGCUCAAGUUGAGGAAAGAGUUUUGAAAGUGUGCAAGGCGUAUGACAAAAUAACGGCCGACAAGCUUACUUUGGACUCCCAUUUUACGAAUGAUCUUGGGUUGGAUUCGUUAGACCAUGUCGAAGUCAUCAUGGCCAUGGAAGAUGAAUUCGGUUUCGAAAUUCCCGAUCAGCACGCCGAAAAGUUAAUGACCCCUAAGGAUAUUGUACAGUAUGUCGCUGAUAGAGAAGACAUUUACGAAUAAUAAAAUACGUGUUUUUGAAUUUUUAAAAAUGUUAGUAGAUGCAAAUAAACGGUUUAUUUUACAUCUAUGUUUUGUACUGUGUACAAUGAUAAGAAAAUAAUUACUGUUGUGCUAGUUUUUCCAGCUUAGGCGUACACGUUAUGUAAUGUUUUUAAGUUGAAAUAUAAAAAUAUACUUUCA